AUGUUGAUUCGUAUUUUUGCUCCGACAAUAAAAACCGGACUUUAUCGAAUUCUAUUACUAUUGACAGUGUAUAUCUUAUGUCGAUUUCACUAUUUACUCUUUUUUCUUGGCCAUACUUCCCUCGCGAAAUGCAAAUCUUGCCAAAUCAAUACAACGUUUUUUCGCCCUUGUUCUUCGCUAGUGGAUCUGCACCGUUUUUUGAAGAAAAAGCGCGAUCUCUUCGUACUCUUCGCUGAGUGCCAGGAGCAAUGA